AGCCCGGCUGCUGCUUCCUGCGACCUCACUGCCAGGUGGAGUAAGAUGAGCAUAACCAGUGACGAGGUCAACUUCCUGGUGUAUCGGUAUCUGCAAGAGUCAGGGUUUUCCCACUCGGCCUUCACGUUUGGUAUUGAGAGCCACAUCAGCCAGAGCAACAUCAACGGAACGCUCGUGCCACCAGCUGCCCUCGUGUCCAUCCUACAGAAGGGGCUGCAAUAUGUGGAGGCCGAGAUCAGCAUCAAUGAGGACGGCACGGUGUUCGACGGCCGCCCCAUUGAGUCACUGUCCCUCAUCGACGCGGUGAUGCCCGAUGUGGUGCAGACCCGGCAGCAGGCCUUCCGGGAGAAGCUGGCCCAGCAGCAGGCCGCAGCAGCCACCACGGCGGUCACAGCCACGGCGGUCGUGGCCACGGGAACCACAGCCUCACCAGCGGCUGUUUCCCAGCAGAAUGCACCAAAGAAUGGAGAGACCACGGUUAAUGGGGAGGAGAAUGGAGCGCAUGUCAACAACCAUUCCAAACCCAUGGAGAUCGACGGAGACGUGGAGAUUCCUGCCAGCAAGGCCACAGUGCUCCGGGGCCACGAGUCCGAGGUCUUCAUCUGUGCCUGGAACCCUGUCAGCGACCUCCUGGCCUCGGGGUCUGGAGAUUCCACGGCGCGGAUCUGGAACCUGAAUGAGAACAGCAACGGGGGCUCCACGCAGCUGGUGCUGCGCCACUGCAUCCGCGAGGGGGGCCACGACGUGCCGAGUAACAAGGACGUCACCUCGCUGGACUGGAAUAGCGAUGGGACACUGCUGGCCACAGGGUCCUACGACGGCUUUGCCAGAAUCUGGACGGGAGACGGUAACCUUGCCAGCACCUUAGGCCAACACAAAGGCCCCAUCUUUGCCUUGAAGUGGAACAAGAAGGGGAACUAUAUUCUGAGCGCGGGUGUAGACAAAACAACCAUCAUCUGGGACGCGCACACCGGCGAGUCGAAGCAGCAGUUUCCCUUUCACUCCGCUCCUGCCCUGGACGUGGACUGGCAGAACAACACCACCUUCGCCUCCUGCAGCACCGACAUGUGUAUCCAUGUCUGCCGACUGGGCUGCGACCGGCCUGUCAAGACAUUCCAGGGGCACACGAACGAGGUCAAUGCCAUCAAGUGGGACCCAUCAGGGAUGCUGCUGGCGUCCUGCUCGGAUGACAUGACGCUGAAGAUCUGGAGCAUGAAGCAGGACACGAGUGUACACGAUCUGCAAGCUCACAGUAAAGAGAUCUACACCAUCAAGUGGAGCCCCACGGGGCCGGCCACCAACAACCCCGGCACCAGCAACAUGCUGGCCAGCGCCUCCUUCGACUCCACCGUGCGGCUGUGGGACGUGGAACGAGGCGUGUGCUUGCAUACGCUCACCAAGCACCAGGAGCCCGUGUACAGCGUGGCCUUCAGCCCCGACGGCAAGUACCUGGCCAGCGGCUCCUUCGACAAGUGCGUGCACAUCUGGAGCACCCAGAGCGGCAACCUGGUGCACAGCUACCGGGGCACCGGUGGAAUCUUCGAGGUGUGUUGGAACGCCCGAGGGGACAAAGUGGGUGCCAGCGCGUCCGAUGGCUCUGUGUGCGUCCUAGAUCUGCGGAAGUGAAGGCCACGUGGGGCCGCCAAGACACCCAGAUUUUCAAGGGGGCCCGGAAGCAGACGCCGGCGUCUGGUCCAGCCGCGACGGCGGUCGUCGGCAUCGAUGUGCUGCCUCACCCUGUCUACUGCCACAGCGGACACAGGCGCGGCCUGCGGUCCAGGCGGCUGGGGAGUCCGCGCGGCCCCGGCCACUCGAGGGUCCAUUGGUUUUCUUUUGUUUGUUUGUUCGUUUGUUUGUUUGGAAUCCUGGCGUGGGCGUUGACAGGAGCGCGUGCACAGCGCCCCUCCCGGGCUGCCAAGGACAGGGGCCCGGACACGGCCGCGGGGGGCGGACGGGAACAGCUGUGCCAAAAGGAAGGACGCGGCGCUGCGGUGGAGCCACGGGGCGGCCAGGACAGCCUCGAG